AUGAGUGAAGACAAGGCACUAAGACCUUGGUAUGGUGAAAUUGGCACUUACUUUGCUCAAUGUCGACUUGCAAAGAGUCAAAGUGAGGCCACUCUUUAUACCAAUACUAGAGGAGAAGCAGAAAUUCUGAUUGUGUCCAUCUAUGUAGAUGACAUUGUGUACACAGGGAAUAGUCAGUCAAUGCUAAAGGAAUUCAAGAAAGACAUGAUGGUAAAGUAUGAAAUGACAGACUUGGGGCUUUUGCAUCACUUUCUAGGAAUGGGAGUCAUUCAAAUACAUACAAUUACAACUGAAAAGCUAAGCAAAGAUGAUGGCAGUGGUCCAAAAAAUAAAGAACAAUAUAGGAAGAUUGUGGGAAGUCUAUUGUAUCUCACAACCACAAGACCUGAUGUGAUGUAUGUAGCUAGUCUACUUGCUAGAUUCAUGCACUGCCCCACUAAUAAGCACUAUGGGACUGCAAAAAGAGUUCUCAAGUAUGUCCAAGGAACACUUGACUAUGGUUUGGAGUAUGUGAAAGGAAGGAAUGCAGUCUUAAUUGGCUACUGUGAUAGUGACUGGGGUGGCUCAGUUGAUGACAGUAAAAGCACCUCAAGGUAUGUUUUCUCCUUUGGCAGUGGAGUUUUUGCUUGGGCCUCAGUCAAACAAAACUGUGUUGCCCUCUCUACUACAGAGGCAGAGUAUAUCAGUGCAUUAGAGGCAACUGCACAAGCAAUUUGGCUCAGGUUUGUGUUGGAAGACUUUGGUGAAUUUCAGGCUGAGGCUACUCUACUUCAGUGUGACAAUACUGCUGAAUUGCCAUCACAAAGAAUCCUGUGUUUCACCAGAAAACCAAGCACAUUGAUCAAAGAUAUCACUUCAUCAAGGAUGCUCUAUAAGAAGGAAUCAUUGAUUUGA